AGCAGCUCCGACUAUUGUGUAUCUAAGUCCCCACACCUCUGAGGCUCUCAUCCCAUUUCUGCAAGACAUGGAAGAUUGCCUUUAUUCGGCACUCAUCAUCCCACAAUGGCCUCGUCCCCUCAUCCCCGCUCUAUCGCCAAGUUCCUGGCCACGGCGCGGAAGACCCUGGCUGCUCCUCGAAGUCAGCGACCGAGCCCGCUAUGCCUGGUCGUUGGCAAUGAGGCGGCAGACCUCGACUCCUUCUGCUCCGCCUUCCUCUACGCCUACCUGCGCUCACACACCCCGCCGCACUUUACCCUGCACAUCCCGCUCGUAAACCUCCCCCGCCCCGACCUGGCUCUGCGCAACGAUGUCGACGGCGCCUUUGCCACCGCAGCCGUCUCUCGCGACAACCUGCUCUCGCUGUCUGACCUGCCGAUGUCGGAAAACGACAAGAAAGUCGGGUCGGGCCUGGACCCGCAUGACACGCGGUGGAUUCUCGUCGACCACAACGAGCUGACAGGCCCUCUUGCCGCCCGCUUUGCCAACCGCGUCGUCGGCUGUGUCGACCACCACGUCGACGAGUGCGUUGUGCCUGCCGAUACGGGAUCCGAGCCGCGACUUAUCCGCGUCUGCGGCAGCGCUGCCACUCUCGUCGUCGAGCACUGCCGCGAGACGUGGGACUACAUUGCCACCCACUGGAUCGGCCCCGAGGGCGAGGACAAGAAGGUGACAGACGACCGACCUGGCCUGCCGUCGCAGCUGGCCCGGCUAGUCCUGGGGCCCAUCCUGGUCGACACCCAGGCGCUCAAGGCCCGCUCCAAGGUGACACCCGCAGACGAGGAGAUUGCCGCGCUUACCGAGGCCCAGAUUCGGUCUGACCAGGGGGGCGAGGCAUACGACCGUAUUGCGUGGUAUGAGGAGUUGUGUCAGCUUAAGGAGGACCUUACCGGUUUCAGCUACCGGGACGCGCUGAGGAAGGACUACAAGGAGUGGGCGGCGCCAUCCCCCAUUGAUGACAAUCCUGACGGAGCUGGUGUCAUCCGGCUCGGCAUAUCGACGAUCCCCAAGCCCUUCGAUUACCUGCUAGAGAAUGUCGGCCCGGUAGAGACCCUGGUCGAGGAGACGCGCGGCUGGGCGCGGGAGCGAGGGCUAGAUCUCGUAGGCAUCAUGACGGUCCGGCCCGAAGCCAACCACCAGAUCAGCCGCGAACUGAUGGUGUGGGCCUUCAACGAGCGCGCCGUCGCCGUGGCCCGCUCCUUUGCCGCGGGUUGGGGCGAGGACCUGCAGCUCGAGAGGUGGGGGCAAGGCGAGCUUGACAGCGCUGCUUCGGCUUCUACCCUUGGCAGUAAUGCCGCAGAUGAUACUCGGGCCUCCGAGUGGAGGAUGUGCUGGCAUCAAAAGAACCACGAGCACAGCCGCAAGCAGGUCGCGCCAAUGCUGAGGGAGGCUAUGAAACAAGCGCCCCCGAGAUUAUAAGACGAUGCCAGGCACAUCUGGAGGUGACGUGCCCAAAUGAAGGACGCGUGAACUUGGGCAGUAUUUCCCGGAAACGCCCGGUUUGUCCAUGGGUAAACUGGAUGGGAGUGCUUCCCUUUACACUGUUUGGGACAGGAGCCCAGGAGCCCAUCAACCGCAGGAUAAAUAUGGUCUGCCAGGCUAGCCCUUCAGUAUAUCCUUCCUCCAUCACUAGUCAUAUAACGGGGCGCUACUAGGUACUUCCAGGGACGGGCAAGAUAAACGCAAGCACAGAGGAAAGGGUUUCUCGAAUAGUCAAUUAUAAUCGCUUACUCGAUCUCUUGAUAAUCGAGCCAGCCC